AGCAACGCGAAAGAGGUGGGACCGAAGGUUGAGGCUCGAUUGAAGUAGUUGAAGAACGAGAUGGACUCUCAAAUGAGGUUGUGCAAAGACGCGGGAGGCUUCUUGUAGCGGGACUCGGAUGGCUUUUCUCACGUUACAACAGAUUUGAUAUUUGUUCCGUGGUGGAUGCUCCGCUCACGGUUGUUGCCUUCUUAUGAAUAAGGAUGCCUUAAAAAGCUACUAUGGACAAAUAUGUUAAGGUGCAAAAGAUUGGUGAAGGAUCUUUUGGAAAAGCAAUUCUGGUUAAAGCAAAGGAAAAUGGCAAACAAUAUGUUAUUAAGGAAAUUAACAUAUCCAAGAUGUCAAAUAAAGAAAGAGAAGAAUCAAGAAGAGAAGUUGCUGUUUUGGCAAAUAUGAAACAUCCGAAUAUUGUUUUGUACAGAGAAUCAUUUGAAGAAGCUGGCUGUCUUUAUAUAGUAAUGGAUUAUUGUGAAGGCGGAGAUCUGUUUAAAAAAAUUAAUGCACAAAAAGGAGUCUUUUUUUCAGAAGACCAGAUCAUGGAUUGGUUUGUACAAAUAUGUUUAGCACUGAAGCACGUACAUGAUAGAAAAAUUUUGCAUCGAGAUAUAAAAUCACAGAAUAUAUUUUUAACCAAAGAUGGAACAAUACAGUUGGGAGACUUUGGAAUAGCUAGAGUUCUGAAUAGUACCGUGGAACUUGCUCGAACUUGUAUAGGAACACCAUAUUACUUGUCACCAGAAAUCUGUGAGAAUAAACCUUACAAUAAUAAAAGUGACAUGUGGGCCCUUGGGUGUGUUCUUUAUGAAAUGUGUACAUUGAAACAUGCAUUUGAAGCUGGUAAUAUGAAAAAUUUAGUUCUCAAAAUAAUCUCUGGAUCAUUUCCUCCUGUUUCUACACGUUAUUCCCAUGAACUCCGGAGUCUGAUUUCACAAUUAUUUAAAAGAAAUCCAAGGGAUCGACCAUCUGUCAACUCCAUAUUGGAGAAAAUGUUUAUAGUUAAACGCAUUGAAAAAUUUCUUACACCACAGCUUAUUGCAGAGGAAUUCAGCCAUAAAAUGUUUCAGAAGUUUGGACCUCAUCCUGGACCAGCGAAGAGACCAGCCCAAGGACAAAACUUAGCCUCUGCUGCACCUGCUCACAAAAUUACUAAACCUGCUGCUAAAUACGGAGUGCCUUUAAUACUUAAGAAAUCUGAGGAUUCAGCUAAGAAAUUCUGUGAGAAGCCUAUAACUAAAUGUAGACAGGGCCCCCCACCUCCAUUGAAGAAAGGAAAACUACUAGACGAAAGGAGGAAAAUGUUUGAGGAAGCAAUUAAAAAGAAAAGGCUAGAGGAAAAACAACAGCGUGAGCAGAUCAGUUAUAUGAAGGUUGAGCAAAUGAGAAGACUUGAAAAGGAAAGGAUGGAACGAAUAAACAGAGCCAGAGAGCAAGGAUGGAGAAAUGUUCUCAGCAUAGGUGGAAGUAGUGAAAUCAAGGCUCAAUAUUUUGGUGGGGGAGGAGCUAUUGUGCCUUUACCUGUUCCUGGUCGAGGACCAUAUGAACACUACCAUGCUAUUUUUGAUCAGAUACAGCAACAAAAAGAAAAUCUUAAAAUAGAAGGAAAAGAUGUAAAGUUGAAUGAAAAGCCUGGUCUAGAGCCUAGUCAACGAGGAUCUCCAACUGGAGUUCAUGCAGGAAUUCAUAAUGGGCCUGCAGCUUACCAUCAUUCAUCUGAUGCUGAUGCUAUUAGGAAAGGAAUGAAAAGAUUGGAGGAGGUCUCUAGACAAGCCAAUGCAAACAGGCAAAAAGGAUGGAUAGCUGCAGAAAGAGCUAAACAAGUUGAAGAAUUCUGGCAACGGAAGCGAGAAGCCAUGCAAAACAAAGCCCGCGCUGAAGGACAUAUGGAAUACUUGGCAAGACUGAGGCAAAUUAGACUUCUAAACUUUAAUGAACGUCAACAAAUAAAAGCAAAACUUCGUGGAGAAAAGAAUGAAAACAGUGGUUCUUCUGUCCAUGAAAUAAAUGAAGAAACAGAAUUAAGGCGUAAAAAAAUUGAAGCACUAAAGGCACAAGCAAAUGCCCGGGCUGCAGUCCUGAAAGAGCAGUUAGAACGAAAGAGAAAAGACGCAUAUGAAAGAGAGAGGAAAGCUUGGGAAGAGCAUCUGGUGUCCAAAGGGAUAAAAACUCCAGUGGGAGCUUCAGAAUUAAGUCCUACGCAUACUAAGCAGGAGGAAAGUUCUCCUACUAGACUAAAGCUCAAUUCACCGCAAAUCAUCACAAUGACAUCAGCUUUGAAGGAAGUGGGUGUAGAUGAACAUGCAGUACUUGUCCAGGAAGGUUUAGGGGAUAUUAAACCUGAUGUUUCUAUACAUAACAAACGAGAAAUACUUCGAAGGCUGAAUCAAAAUCUUAAAGCACAUGAAGAUAUGAAAGAGAAAAGGGAGCCUGAAGACAUCUCUGAAAUCCCUGUGGCUGGCGAGAAUCAUCACCUACAAGUAGUAAUAUGUCCAGUUACAGCUGAUCGCAAGAAAUGGGAAACAGGAGCAGAGUUUGUGGUUCCACUAGCACAAUUAACAAUGGAAGAAUCCUUCUCUCGAACAGAAGCACAAACAUUUGGAGAAGUUAUUAAGUUAGAUGUUGCUGAACCCCAGCGAAAAGUUUGGGAUAAUAGCUCUAUUGAUUUUGUACUGAAGAAACUUGGGGAAGCUGAAUUACAGCUUGAAACUGAUCUGAUGGAUAACUUAAAUAUUACCAGUGAAGUGUCAAAGACAACUUUAACAGUAGGAAAAAGCGAUGAUACUAGAGCAGUAAUUUCUGUUGAAGGAAAAUCAUCUAUUGAAGCUGAUAAUAAUGAAAAUAUGGCAAAAGCAAGACUUCAUGGAUCUGAGUUAGCCCAUUUAUCACCUGAACCUACUCUGAUGGAAGAUGAUUUGGAAGCAGAAUUUCUAGAAGAAACCCAAAGAAACAAAUGUCAAACAGAUAUAUUUCCUGUUGCUGAAGUGUGGGUUAAUGAAGGAAAAGAAAAGGAAACAAUGUCAGAAGUUCAUACUGAUAAUUGUCACUAUGACGACAACAAAGAUCUUGCUAUAGAAGAUGGAAUUCAUAAAAAAAUGCCAAUCCAUGAUGAACCAUCAGUAGAGACCAACAGCCCUGCCCUACCUGAACCCUUUUUUCAGAAGGUCCAGGAACACCAAGCAAGACUAGUAGCUUUUCCAGUUCUUUCAGCACAGUCUUCCUUUGAAGAUUCUCUUCCUACAAGGUCAUGCUCUGUAUCACCAGAGAAAACAAAAGGCAAAAAUUCAGUGUUGAUAGGGCUUUCUACAGGUCUGUUUGAUGCAAACAACCCAAAGUUGCUGAGGACAUGUUCUCUUCCAGAUCUUUCAAAAUUAUAUAGAACAUUAGUUGAUGUUCCCAGUGUUGCUGAUGUCCAAAAUCAAGAGAAUCUUGAAAUUGAUGAUGUGGAAGAUGUACCAAUUAAAGAACAUUCAGAUUCUGAAGAAAUUAUUUUUGGGGAGACAGAUACAGAUUUGCAAGAGCUUCAGGCAUCGAUGGAGCAGUUACUUCGAGAGCAACCCAGUGAUGAAUUUAGUGAGGAGGAAGAAACAACAUUAAAAGCUGAAUGCCAAGAAAAUGAUACAGAGGUGGAGGAAGAUGGCAACAAUUUCAGUAGUGAGAGUGCUUUUAAUGAAGAAUGGCAUUCAGACAAUAGCGAUGGUGAUAAUGCCAGCGAAUGUGAGGAAUAUAAUAGUGUGUUCAGUCAUCUAGAAGAACUGAGAUAUAACCUGGAGAGAGAAAUAGGUUUUGAAAAAUUCAUCAAAAUUUAUGAAGAAAUAAAGGCUAUACAUGAAGAUGAAGAUGAAAGCAUUGAUACUUGUUCAACAAUAGUUCAAAAUAUUUUAGGAAAUGAACAUAAACAUCAGUAUGCUAAAAUUCUCCAUUUAGUAAUGGCAGAUGGAGCAUACCAGGAAGACAAUGAUGAAUAAUACGUUUUGGUGACAUUCUAAGCAAAAGCAGAUGUAUGAAUUUUAUUCUGUAAUAACAAACUGUACAACCAAAAUAACACUUUAUUGGGAUAGACUUAAAAUCUUCUUGGUAGCAUGAAGAAAAUGGAAAAAGCACGCCUCUUUUCACCAUUUUAUAAAUAUCUGUUGAUAUAUAGCUUCAUUCCUUCAGUAACACAUUGAAGGCUGUGUUCUAUUUAAAAUGAAUUACAAGGAAUAGAAAGACUGACUCAGAAAUAAUUUACCAUUUGAAAGUAUCAAGUAUGAAGAUGCUGAUUAUAUAGUAGCUAAGUAAAGCAGUAAAAAGGAACAAACAAAACAAUAUAUUUUUGUUUAAACAACCUUGACUGCUGUUGGUGGAAUUUUUAAAAAUGACUUUGUUUUCUGUUUAGAAUGACAAUUUUUCAGUAAUACUACUUGAUUUUAAGUGCAUACAAUAUGGAAGUAAUUUCCCUGAAAUUAGUAGAACAUUUUACAUGCAUUUAAUAGAAACUUUUUUUUCAUUUUGCUGUAGAAUAUGUGUAAAAUUAUUUACAAUUCUCAGUAUUUAUGUCCUAAUCAGUUUAUCAUCUUUCUCUUUGAAAUCCCUCAACUCAGUUUCAAUAUUAUUUUUCUCAGCUUGCAGCAAGUGAUUUUCCACUAUAAAUCAAAGGAGCUUUCAGGAUGAGGUUUUCUUUAAAUUAGAGUACUGUGUACACAGCUAAGUCUGCUGCUUUUUUGUUUCCCUGUAACAAGAUCAUCAUAACAGAAACAAAUGUAAUAUUGCUGUUGUUUUGAAAGUUAAAUGCAUAUUCUACAGCUGGGUUGUUUAAAAGGGAGAAGCUGGAUUUUAUUUCCUCUGCUUCUCACUGAAAAGUAAUUCUUUAAUGGGGAGAGAGAAUUUCUGCAAGAUGAUGAAUCAAAGCAUUUAUUGUAUGUAACAGAUAGUAUUGACCAGCUGAAUCAGCUAUAUAACAAUGGUUUAUGUUGAAAAUAUAAUUCUGUAUUUCCUGACUAACAAUGGAAAGUGGAAUGUAUAUAAACAUAAAAUUAAAUUUUUAAGGUAAUUCUAAUUAUAUGAAAUAAAUAUUGAAGGUGUUGUUUGUAUUAUAGUUUGGAUUUUCUUGAUUUAUGCAGCUAAUGGAUUUCCAUGU